AUGACAACCAAUUUGUUGGGCAUUCCGUUCAAGCAGUCUAGACCUUUAGAUUUAGGUGAUGAAUUGGGCAAAACAAUAACUGCACGGUUUUUUCAGCCGGUAUCUACAUUCAAAUCGGAUAUAGCGUAUCUCACUACACUCCGCAAUGAUAUUACCAGUAUUAGCAACAAUACAUCCUCCACUACAACAAAAGCAGAGAUCUUGAAACAUUUGCAUAAAUUUUACGAGUAUAUAAGCUCAUUAAAGACAAUUGAGCAAAAAUUUCCAAAUGAUUGUGUUGAAUUUGCUUGGUUCAUUACCAUUUAUAACUCACCUAUUGGUCCUAUAAAGUUUCGGUCAUUCAAAUAUGAAAAAUUGUGCAUUGUUUUUCAAAUUGGUGUCACCUACUCUCAGCUUGCAUUGAGCGAAUCCAGAAAUACAGAUGAAGGACUUAGAAACUCGUGUCAGUAUUUCCAAAACGCUGCUGGUUGUUUUGCAAAUGUACUAGAGACAUUUUCAAACGAGCCAUACAUUGAAACAUCUGGAGAUCUUAAAUUCCAAACGAUAUCUUGCCUUCAAGCACUCAUGCUCGCUGAAGCGCAGGAAACUAUCUGGCAAAAGGCAAAGAAUAGUGGAUCAACUAAGGACUCUGUUAUAGCGCGACUCUCGUUUCAAACAUCUGAGUAUUACGCUGAUGCAUUGAAAUUUGCCAAAUUGUCGGAUUUUAUCAGGCUAGAAUGGGUAAAUCAUAUUACAGUGAAGAGGUUUCACUUCUUAGCAGCUGCGCAUUACAGAAGUAGUAUAGUGGCUUUGAAUUCGUUCCAAUAUGGCGAGCAAGUUGCGCACUUGCGAAUAGCGUCGGAGGCUAUUACACAAGCGUUAAAACACAAAAAAUAUGUGAAUGAUUAUGUUGUCGAAGAUGCAACCGGACUUGCGGAAACUAUUCGCUCAACUUACAAAGUAGCUGAGAAGGACAACGAUUUGAUUUAUUUGAAAAUUGUUCCAUCCAAUAAUGAGCUCAAACCUAUAAAUGGGGUGUCAAUGGUAAACGCAAACAAACCAGUUAUCAGUGAGAAUGUCGAGUCCAAAGAUCUAUUCAAAGAUUUAUUACCGUAUGUUGUUGUGCAUUCUGCACAGGCUUUCCGAGAGAGAUCAGAGGAAUACAUCAGAGUCAAUGUUUACGAGCCAAUUAAAAAUCUAAAUAAUUUUAUUGGCAGAUUUCUCAAUGAAAGGGACCUUCCUGCCAGCAUCGAUGCUCUUCAACAACCAGAAAAUCUACCCGAAAGUAUAAUUAGCCACUCCCGAGUAAUUUUAAACUCCGGCGGCUUACAGGUUAUUGAAAACUCACUUUCAGAGAUUCAUCGUUUGAGUGUUGAAUGUAAUAACAUUGUUGCUGAAUGCCAGAAUCGAAUCGAUCUUGAUAGACGGGAAGACCAAAUGUUGAGAGAAAAACAGGGGCCUAAUGGGUUCAGAAGGGAAAGUUCUGAUAAAACAGCUCACGUAUUAAUUGCAAAAAUACAACGAAUGAGGGAAUAUCUUGAGGAAGCAAAGAAGGGAGAUGAGGUUAUUGUAAAGAGAUUUUUGGAAAUACGGAGCGUUCUUGAAGUUUACAUGGGAGGCUUCCAUUCCUUGAACAAGUUUGUUCCCAAUUCAAAUUACAUAAAGCUAGAUCAACGAAUUGCAGAUUUAGUCACAGAUUUGAGGGCUCAUAUUGACCGCUUACAAUCACUAGAAUUGGACAGACAAAAGUUUCUUCGUCAGCUUGAAAUCAAGAUUAAAAAUGACAGUGUAUUGCCCAAGUUAGUCAAUGAAUUCAAACGAAAAGGCAAGGAAAUGUAUGACGACCAUGGGAAUUUUAUGUCUGCAAAAUUCGAACUUGUAUAUGAGGAUCAUUUGAAGUCAUUCGCCCCUGACUUGUCCUUUUUUGAUGAAACAAAAGCAAACCAAGCGGAGCUUGAACAGCAAAUUGAUGACAUUAACAACAAAUUCAUUCAGGAGUACAAAUCCACUGUGACGUUAACACAAAGGAAUAGGCAAGAUGCUUUACAAACUCUUGAUACCACCUUUGUGAAAUACAAUGAAAUUUUAUCUAACCUUUCUGAGGGCUCUAGUUUCUAUAACGAUUUCAUUACAAAGGGAAACACGGUUCUACAAGAAUGUAAAGAUUACUUGAGCAAUCGAAGGAUAGAGAGUCGUGAAAUUGAGCUGCAAAUCAUGAGAAGGGAGGAAGAACAACUUGAUGAAACUAAUGGGGCACCACCGGUCAUAUCCCUGAUUGCAAAACAGUCAAAUGUUUGGGAUCCAAAUUCUGAUAUCAAAUUUGAUUAA